AUGGUUGUCAUCGAUACCCACCAUCACUUUGUGCCUGACUUCUAUGCUCAAGCUGUUGAGGAAGCUGGAGGUGACCCCUCAGGCUGGCCAACACCUUCAUGGUCUUUUGAAGGCUCAAUUUCGUCCAUGGAUAGAAACGGCUGCACCAAGGCAAUUCUGUCUCUAACUGCUCCUGGAGCCGUCAUCGCCCCAACCGAUGAGAAGAGGAGGGCAUUGGCACGUAAAACCAACGAUUAUGCAGCCGCGAAGCGUGAUGAAGACCCCAAUAGAUGGGGCUUCUUUGCAGCUCUGCCCUGCCUUCUUGAUACCCAGGGAGCUCUAACCGAAAUCAGAUAUGCUCUCGAUGUGCUGAAGGCAGAGGGUGUCACUUUGUUCACAAGAUACGGUGAUGGUAACCAGUAUCUAGGUCAUCCAGCAUUCAAGCCUAUUUGGGAGGAACUAAAUACCAGAAAGGCCGUGGUUUUCAUUCACCCCACUCACCCUGCUGAUACAACCCGGGUCAAUCCCCUUCUGCCACAACCAGCCAUCGAUUACCCGCAUGAGACCACCAGGACAGCUGUGGAUAUGAUCAUUCCCAAUACGAAGAGGACCUACCCCGCUUGCAAAGUUAUUCUCUCCCACGCGGGUGGUACUCUUCCAUUCCUAAUCACUCGGAUGAGUACUAUGUCCAAAAAAGCAGCUCCCACCGCACGUAUCUACGGAAAGACAUCCGAGGAAAUCAUGGAGGAUUUCCGGUCUUUCUAUUUUGACUUAGAGCUCUCUAGCUCAGAAGCCGUGCUUAAACUGGUCUUAGAGGUCAUCCCCAAUGACCAACUUCUCUAUGGCUCUGACUACCCAUACGCAUCCCCUGAUAAAACACGUGGAUUUAAGGAAAUUCUGGACGAUUUUUCACUGAAUCAAGAGCUGCGUGACAAGAUUUAUUUCAAGAAUGCCGAAGUUCUUUUUGAAUAG